AUGUCCCAAAACGAUCUCUUCCUCAGUUUACUGCGGCCCGCCGUCCUCCACAUUCUGCGCGCGACGGGUUUCCAACAUGGCAAGCCCUCAGCCGUCGAUACUAUCGUCGACUUAACAGCGCGGUAUCUAUCUGUCCUGGCUGAGCGAACAGCAUACAAUGCCUACUCAAACCACAACGACCUCAUACCAAACAUCACCGACGUGCGCAUGGCCAUGCAGGAUUGCGCACUCCUUGUGCCGACCAUGACAGCCGGAGAAGAAUUGUGGAAGGAAAUACUACGGAAGCCGCUCGAAGAGUACAAUGCCGAGACAGGCGCACGCGAGAACGAAGCGGCACGACGUGACGCCGAAGAUACCGCAGACAUUACUGAGUUUAUUGAAUGGGUCAAGGGCGAGCAGAACAAGGAGAUUCGACGCAUCGCAGGCACAUACAAGCCGGUUCCAACGAAUCCGACCGAGCAGCUUGACCAGGAGGAAAUGGAGGAUUAUCUGAACACUCUCAUGAAGAAGCACAGCAAAACCGGAGUCGAAUCGCGUUUCCAAGGGACAGUCUUAGGCGUUCCCGCCGAGCCAAAGACUAUCAAGAUUGAGGGAGGAGCUGCCGACUCGAUAGAAGAAUGGUGUCGCAAAACGCGCGAGAGAGCAGCCAAAGAAGCGGAAUCAAAACAAGAUAAUCACAAUCCCUCAAAUCACGUUGAAACAAGAGAGGCUUCAGAGGAUGUAGUAAUGGAGAUGGAAUGA